AUGAUAUCUGACUCUUAAUAAUCAUUUAAGGAUUUCGUUUAAAAUUAUGCAGUUAGAUAAUACAGAACGGUCAAAAAGAAUUCUUAAAAAAUAUAUCAGGAAUCUUAACGAAGCAACUAUGAAUCAUAAAUAUAAGGAAUAUAAAUCGAAUAAAAUUUGAGUUAUGCUAUCACUAACAGACGAGUAUCUAAUGGAGAUCCUUAAAUGCAUUUAAGAUUCAAAGAAAUAUCCAGCACUAAAACAAGUAGAUCAGAAUUGCCACUCUUUACUAUUAAAUAAUGGAGUUAGAAAAAAAAACCUUUGUAUUUAAUUCGAAAUUCCUAAUUAUUUAAUGAUGUAAUUCGAAAAGCUACUAAUCAGAGCUCUUAAUAACAAUUGAUACCUAUCAAAUCUUAAGAUUAAAUAAUAAAAAGUUAUCUUCACUAAUUAUCAGUAAAACGUAAAGUGGCUCCAAAACCUUAAGGAACUGAAGAUGUUCUUAAUUUUGAAGUAGAUUAAAUAUAUUUUGAUAUAACUCGUAAAGAUACUAUGUUGUCUCCUAAAUUUCCUAAUAAAAAUCACAAUGGAAUAAAAUAAGUUUUUAGGAAUUUAUUGGCAACUGCCUAUGAUUAAUAAAUGUUUUUGGAUUUAACUCGUUUAAGAGUAGUACAUAUUGGUAUGCAAUUAACUCAUGCUCAUUUUUUUAAGUUUAAAUAUCACUUUUUGAAUAGAUUUAUGUUAUUAAACAUUCCAACAGAAAAGAUGUUUAAUUCUUGUGAAAAAAUUGAAAAUAUGAGACCUUAUGUAUUAAAUGAGAUUUUAGAAUAUGAGAUUUAUGGAGGAGAAGAAGGUAUUUAAGCAAUAACAAAAUCAAUGUAUAAAAAAAUCUUAUCUGAUGUUACACUUGCUCCUUAUUUUGAAAAAAUUGAUGUUGCUACUUAAGAAAUCAAAUUUGCAAGAUUAUUUUUUUAACUCAUUUAUCAUUUAGAUUCCCCAAAUUAUUCAUGUGAAACUUUAAGAGAAAGACAUGUUAAAUAUGCAUUAACAAAUGUUUAACUUACAAAUUUUAAAUAUUAUCUAUCUUUAACUCUUUAAGAAGCAAACAUUCCUUGGAAAAACAUUAGAUAAUUAUUACGUAGAAUGGAUAUAUAUAAAUAUGCUAUAAUUAAUAAGAAAGAUCUCUAAUAUUAUGUUAAUUAAAUGGGUUUUCAUUAAUUUAUUGACAAUUUUAUAAAUAGUUGUUAAUAAGAUACUAUGCUAUCAGAUCUAAUUAUUCGUAGAGGAAAAUAAAGAUUUACAGCUCACUGUUGCAAUAUUUUCCAUUAUUUCUUUAGAUAUAAUAUAAAAGCUAUUACAAGAGAAGAUCUACAUUUGAUACAUUCAAAAAAAGCAAUAAUAAAUGAAAGGAUAUUUGAGAAACUUAAAUAAAAAGCUAUUCAAGAAGUGAAAUUAUUAACUAAUGAUACUUUAAUAAUAGAAGAUUUCAAAGAAGAUUGGGAUGAAAUUAAACCUAUCAUUCUAGGAGAAGCAAGAAAUUAAUUAAUACUUAAUCUAGGAGAAGAUUAUUUAAUAUAAAAAGCUCAAUCAAUUCUUGAAUAUGAAUUUGCUCAAAGACAUCUUAAUUAAAUAUAUGAAACAGAAGAAGCAAAUAUGAAUUAAAGUAUUUUGUGUAAACUUAAUUUAUUACUUUAUGGAGUAAGAUUCUUUAAGAAAUAAGAUUUACAAAUUAUCCAUAAAAGAUUCAAAAUUACUUACUCUUAAUAUUAUGACUUUUAAUAAAGUUUUAAAGUGGCUUUAGAAGAUUAUAAAAUUUUAGAUUAUGUACAUUAAUUAAUUGAAGAAUAUGAAUAAUACAUUGUCUCUGACUGA